AUGGAUAGAUCCUGGUUAUGGUUGUUAAUGCUAGGAUUAUCGAUUGCAAUCACUUUGGCAGCAGAGUGUGAUAAUGAAGAAGAGGAAGAGCCCCUGACGCGAUAUCCGAUUGCAUUGUUCAAAUGGAAAGAAGUAAAAGUGCCGUUGACUGUUUCCCUGUGGCUAGUUGGCGCUAGUAUAGCUAAAAUAAUUUUCCAUGCUAUUCCCCACCUGACAGAGAUGUUCCCCGAUUCAGCUCUACUUAUUAUGAUUGGUCUCAUCAUAGGAAUUAUAUUUAACCUCAUAGGUGUAGCUAAAAAUGAAUUCUUUUUGGGAAGUGAAGUAUUCAUGCUUUAUCUGCUACCACCGUUAGUGUUCGACGCAGGAUACUUCAUGCCGGCUCGACAGUUCUUCGACAAUCUCGGAUCGAUCCUCUGUUUUGCCAUGAUAGGAACCACGUUCAAUAUUGUUGCUAUUUCACUUUCUCUGUGGGCAAUCUCUUUAACCGGUUUGUUCUCUGUUGAAACACCGCUAAUUCAUCUACUUCUGUUUGGAUCGGUCGCUGCUGAUGUCGAUCCAGUGGCGGUUAUUGUCAUUUUUGAAGAGUUGGGGGUCAACGAAGUGCUCUUCAUCAGUGUCUUUGGUGAAUCGUUACUGAACGAUGGUGUGGCUGUUGUGUUCUAUCGUAUGUUUGCCUCGUUCACUGAAAUUGGAACGGAAAACCUCAUCACAAUGGACUACGUGAAUGGCGGCAUCUCAUAUCUCGUUGUUUGUUUCGGUGGAAUCGGUGUUGGUCUGCUGGUUGCUCUGUGUGCCAGUUUCAUAACGAAGUACACGCAUCAUGCUGAAGUCACUGUGCUCAAUCCGGUAUUUGUUAUUGUGUUACCGUUCGUUGCCUACCUGAUAUCCGAAAUGUUCGGUCUCUCCAGUAUCAUGGCCAUAGUGUUCUGUGGGGCUGCAAUGAAACAAUAUGUGAAAGCAAAUGUCCCGGAACAAGCAUUGCUCUCGAUCAACUACUUCAUAAAGGUUCUCUCGAUGUGCUCUGAAACUGUUAUUUUCGUGUUCCUCGGACUUUCCACUGUCUCAUCCAAUCAUCACUGGGAUACACCAUUUAUCGUGUUAACCACCGUAUUUUGUCUUAUUUAUCGUACUCUUGGUGUUGUUGUUAUGUGUUUUGUGCUGAACAAAUACCGUCUCAACAAGUUCUCAAAGGUGGAUCAAUUUAUCAUGGCUUACGGUGGUCUCCGUGGUGCAAUCGCUUACGGUCUUGUGGUGGCCUUACCGAACAUUCCAGCAAAGAACAUGUUCAUCACAAGUUGUAUUGUUGUGAUUUACUUUACUGUCUUCUUACAGGGAAUCACUUUGAAACCAAUAGCUGAGUUUUUACAAGUGGAGAAGAAGAAUAUUCACAAGAAAAAUAUGACAGAAUAUAUCUAUCAGGAGCUUAUCGACUACACAAUGUCCGGUAUGGAAGAUAUUGCAGGGUUCAAAGGACAUCAUUGGAUUAGAGACACAUUCCAGUACGUGAACAACAACUACCUCAAGCCUAUACUCGUGAAUCGUGCCAGCAUGAAACAAAUGGACAACACAAAAAUCGUUCGAAUGUUCGAACGUUUACAGUUACAAGAUGCGAAAGAUCUCGUCAAGGGUAAAGGCGAUUUCUCGAAGAAUCAAAUAUUCGCUCAAGCUCUUAUCGACCACACGAGGAGUAGGAGCAAUACUGGUGGUGUUGACGGCUCACCUGGAUUCACUUCUGUGGAAGUUAUGCGACUCAAGGAUUAUCAUGGUAUCACUGUUUACGAAUCUCCGACUGAAACUGUAGAAUGCGGGAUGGGACGAACAACCACGUUCAGUGAACGUUCAACUCAGGGAACGACAUAG